AUGUCUUCGCAGGAUCUCCGCGUCGGAAACAAGUACCGCAUCGGUCGGAAGAUCGGUAGCGGGAGUUUCGGAGACAUCUACCUCGGAACCAACAUCAUCUCCGGGGAAGAGAUUGCCAUCAAGCUCGAGUCCGUCAAGGCGAAGCACCCGCAGCUCGAAUAUGAGGCCCGCGUCUACAAGUCGCUCGCCGGUGGGGUCGGCAUCCCCUUUGUCCGCUGGUUUGGGACCGAGUGCGACUACAACGCCAUGGUUCUCGAUCUCCUCGGACCCAGCCUGGAGGAUCUCUUCAACUUCUGCAACCGCAAGUUCUCGCUCAAGACGGUCCUCCUCCUCGCCGACCAGUUGAUCUCCCGCAUCGAGUACAUCCACGCCAAGUCCUUCAUUCACCGUGACAUCAAGCCCGACAACUUCUUGAUGGGCAUCGGCAAGCGCGGCAACCAGGUCAACGUCAUUGAUUUCGGUCUGGCCAAGAAGUACCGUGACCCCAAGACGCACUUCCACAUCCCCUACCGGGAGAACAAGAACUUGACGGGUACCGCCCGUUACGCGUCCAUCAACACCCACUUGGGUGUCGAGCAGUCCCGCCGUGAUGACAUGGAGUCGCUCGGAUACGUGAUGCUCUACUUCUGCCGUGGUUCCCUCCCGUGGCAGGGCCUGAAGGCUGCUACCAAGAAGCAGAAGUACGACCGCAUCAUGGAGAAGAAGAUGACCACCCCCACCGAGGUUCUCUGCCGCGGCUUCCCCAACGAGUUUGCCAUCUACCUCAACUACACCCGCUCCCUCCGCUUCGACGACAAGCCCGACUACUCGUACCUCCGAAAGAUCUUCCGUGAUCUCUUCGUGCGGGAGGGUUUCCAGUACGACUACGUCUUCGAUUGGACCGUGUACAAGUACCAGAAGAACGCCCAGGCCAUUGCCCAGGCCGCCGGUCAGCAGCCCGCACAGGACGAGGACGAGAAGCCCGGACGCACCCGCAACAACGUCGCCAAUGCCGCCGGCCAAACCGCCCAGCACGCCUCCAGUGCGUCCAAGCCGGGCGCCAUCUCCGGAACCCGCCGCAAGGUUAUGGAGCGCGGUGCCAGCGGGGCGGGUGUAGACACCCCGGACACCAACAGAGCCGUCGGUGGAAGCGAUAGGAUGCUUCGUUCUGCCUCGAAAGGUGCGGCUACUGGUCCUGGAUACGCGUCGGGGGGCUUCGGGGUGAAGCGGGAGGACCGGAGCAGACCGCGGGAAUGGGGUGAAGGCUAUUGA